ACCUAAUUGUACAGUUGACGAUGCUCUCAAGAAUGUGGUGAAGUGGAUUUCAAUUUCUUCAGUUUUUCGUGAGUGUUUACGAAGAGUUUGGUCUACAUUCAUGACCUGAGGUUUGGCAAAGCAAGAAUUCAAGAUACGUUCCUCACGAUGCAGAUUGCUGCAAUAUUUCUGGUUAUUUCCUGCACAAUCUCCUUCGGAUUAUCCCAAGGACAUAGAGGCAGUUUUCCACCAAGAGGCCCUCCAAGACCACCUCCAUAUCCAGGAUUCGUCAAGAAAUGGCAACACCUCCAAAAAAUGCACUUGAGAGGACCUCCGCCACAGAUGAGACCACGUCCAAUACCCAUGCAUUCUCUGCCUCAAAAGUCCAAGAAACCAUUCCCUCCAAACUCCCUGAAUAGAUAUUUUCAAUCAACUCCCUCCAUUAGACCCUUCUGGAACUCUCCACCAACAACAUACAGACCACCAACAGAGCAAUCCCUCUAUGUUCAACCAACAGAAAAAUAUUCAUUUGUGCAUCCAAAACAAAAAACGACCUCUUCCAUACAGAAGGAGUACGAUUUUCACAUUCAAACCAAUCAGAUUCCAUCGGGUAUUUCCAGCACCCUCCUGAACCCAAUACAACAAGUCGGUGAAAAGGGUCCAAUACACACCAUCCCUGCUCCUAAUCUGAGUCCAGCUGACAGACCAGCCAACAUAGAGCAUGUGAGACCUCAAGCUCCAGUACAGCAGUAUAUUUACGAACCUGAGCAGCAGUUCCAACACGAGUACCACGUGACCGAAGCUAGUGAACCAGUGAAGUACUUCAGAAAUCAACAACAGCCCCUGAAAAACGUACAAUAUUAUACCCAAAACAUCCCUGGGCCAGCUCCAACGGCGCAAACACCCCAACAAUCUAGCAACCACAACGAAAUUCAGUUCAAAUCACAAAACACCGGUGCUCAAUCACAAGAAAACCAAAACAAGUACUACAAAGUUGUUCAAAAUGUACAACAUUCGAACAGGGAUUCUGAUGAUAUCCCACAUCAUCAGUUCCUACAGAAUAUACCGGACCUUGAGCUCCUCCUAUCAGAAAAUAGCCAGAAAACUAAGGAUCAAAAUACCCAGCAGGGCAGUCAACACCAACAGCUAUUGGUUUCGGAGGUAACCCACCAACAGCAACCACAGCAAGGGGAGUAUAACAUACAUCCCUUGUUCACAGCCGAUCAAAGUUUCGUGAAGGAGUUCCAACGUCUACAAGGUCAAGAGAAACCAGUCACCCUUGAUCUGAACCCCGAAUUCCAAUCCUUCAAUUACAACGAGCAAGACUACCAGAAGCAGCUGUCAAAAUCGUCGUUGGUAUCCGCAGGGUACAAUUUGGAUUACGAACCUGAAGCCUCAGAAAUCGUUGGUCAAACGAUAUCCCGAUCGACAAAUGCUGAGCAGUCAAAGGACAACUUUGAUUCCAACGAUGAUGACACAAAUGAUGUCGAACAACACUCAACUUCGAAUGCAGAAUCGUCAUUGACAGAGGAAAUGGAUGAACCUGGAGGGUACUACUCAUCCCUUCCUAACAAAGAGGUAGCCGAUGCUUUGGCUUCUCUACAAGCAGCUGGAAAGAUCAAUAGCAAUUUGAUGAAAUUAUCGAAUAGGGGAUCUAAUAGAGAUAAAGCAAUAGAAAUAUUUGUAGCUGAGGUUUCAGAUGAUUCCAAGCCUGAAGACUCGUAUCAACAAGACUAUGAACAGUUAGGAAAUGAUGAGGAAGAAGCUUCCGACAUCGUGAAUGCUUCAUUUGGCGCUAAGAUAAAACCAAAAAGGAACUGAACUUGUACAACUCAUAUUUCAGCACUGAAACGCUCAAUAACUCAAUGAGAUAUGUUUGAUGGUUGUUGUUUGGGGUAUA